AUACUCUUUGGUUGAAAACAAUAAUCCAACAUGGCUGAAAAUAAGCUUGUGCUUCUGUUUUUUUGCACAAUCUAAUUUCGUGUAACGAUUUAUAUUUCAUCAAAUUUCCUAUUAAAAGUGGUAAAAAUGCGCCGUAAAAGAGAAAGAAGUGCCACUGCUAAACCUAAAGCUUCACCGGAAAAGAAGGUAGAGAAGGUUAGGCGCACAAGAGGUAGGCGUAGAAAGCAAUCUACAUCUUCCGGUAAUGAAUCUUGUGAAGAAGUUAUCGCAGCAUUAGUACCAGAAAACGUAGCUGAACCUGCUGAAACCGACGUGCCACUAUCAAAUAAAGAGGAAAGUCCGCCAGAGACACAAGACCAAGUGUGGCAAGUUAAAACUGCUGAAGGUUCUGGUGAUGGAGGUGAAAUACAAAAAUUAAAAAUUUGUUUAAAACGUCCUCCAUCAACUCCUGAGGCGGGGGAUAGAUCUCCUCGAAGUAAGAGAAAACAUACUCGAGCUACAAGUUCGAGCGAUUCGAUGAUUGUCGACACACCAGAAGAUAAAAGGAAGAAUAGACACCGCACGAGGCGCUCAGUAUGCGAUUCAAGUGAAGCUGCUGAAAAAGGUAAUGAUACCGCGCAUAUCGGUUCAGAUAUAAGUAUACAGAAAGAAAUUGUAGUUGUAGAUAGUGUUUCUACCAAAAACACAGAGGAACCAGAAGGGGAACAAGACUUACAAAUUAAAUCAAAUUCGGUAACUAUUAUGUCAAAUGAGGAACAUCAGUCAAAAGAGGUUCCAGCUGAAUCAAACGAAAUAAAAUCUGAUUCUGAAGUUAAUAAAUCAGAAAUGAAUGAUGAAAAGACCGUAACAGAUGAGGUUAAAAUGGAAGAAAGUGAUGUUAAAACAGUAGACUCGGUAAAACCAGAAGUAACUGAGGUUUCAACUUCUAGUGAGUUGAUAACUGAAACAAUGGAGGGAAAAGAAGCCACGAGCGAGGUAAAAGUAGACUCAAGUAGUGUAAAAGAAGAUUUGAGUGAGGCCAAAGAAGAAUCGCCUGUGGUAAAGGAAAGUUUGAGUGAGGUUCAAAAUGAGUCAACUAGUGAAAGUAUACAAAUUGUGGUUUGUUCAGAAAAAACAGAUACUUCAAAAUCUGAAACAUGUAGCUCAGCCGCAGAUAAAGUUGAAGUAGAUAGCAAACCAUCUGACAAAAUUUCAGAUGAAGAAUGCAAACCAUCUGAAAAUAUUUCAGAUGUAGAGAGCAAACCAUCUGAGGAUGUUUCAAAGGAAAGUGACUCAAAUAACGAAAGUAUUCAAGAAAAACAUGAGGCCACAGAUACUUUAGAAAAAGAUACAACACAAGAAGGAAGUGUGGCAUUUGAUAAAUCUGAUAUACUUGAGAUACAUGCUGAAGAAAGUAAAGUGGAUAUUUCUGAUCAAGAAAUUACUGAAGCUCAAAAUGAUGUUCCAGGAAAAAAAGAACCAGAGCAAGCAAUAAGCCGGGAGUCCGAGGAUAAGGUAAGUAAAUCUGAAGAUAAAAUGGUGGAAAGUUGUAAGGAAAAUGGAGAACCACCUCAAAGUGAAAUAAAAUUGUCAACUAAUGAACCUGAUGUUGUAGCACAAUCGGAUAAUGUAGUUAAGGAAAGUUCACCUAAAGAGCAAAGUGAAAAUGCAGCUAAUACUAUGAAGAAAGUUCCGGAACGAUCAGAAUCUUCACAAGUAAACAAUGAAGGGAGUAAUAAUUCAAAUAUUGUUAUUAAUAGAAAACGCAGGUGGGGUUCCCGUCCCAAAUUGGCCACUCAAAAGUCAAUAACAAUUUCUACGGAUGUUCUAAAGGAAAUAAUACCAGAUGUUAAGCCGGUGGAGUUUGAAGAGGUUAUUGAAGAAAAGAAACAAAAGAGGUUUGAGGUUACAGAAAAAAUAGAGAGACCAAUAUUGCCCAAAAUUGUGAUUGACAACACAGAAAAUGUGGAGCAUAAAAGAAAUCAAGAAAAGAAUGAAAUGGACAAACCAGUGAAAGAGAUAAAUAAUUUAACUUCAAGUAGAAAGAUCUCUAUUGUCAAGGAUUCUGAAAAUGUCGCGGUGAUUAGACCACCGAGCCCCCCAAGACAUAAACAGACUAAUAUUUUGUAUAUAACAAACUUAGUAAGACCAUUUACUUUAUCACAAUUGAGGAAUUUACUACAAAGAACUGGAAGGAUAACUGAAAAUGGUUUCUGGAUCGAUAGAAUCAAAUCAAAAUGUUUUGUCAUAUACGAAAAUGAAGACCAGGCAGUAGAAACGAGACAUGCCCUUCAUGGAGUGACAUGGCCUGUAUCAAAUCCUAAAACAUUACAUGUAGAUUUUUCCACUCAGGAAGAUUUUGACCAAGCAAAGAGUAAUGAAGAAAAUGAAAACAAUCAAGUGACAAGCAUACCCGGCACGGUAGAAGAUUGGCUGCGAGAACAGGAUAUGAAAAGAGAAAAAGGAGAAUUGGAAAGACCAUGGGAGCGAAAGACGACGCGGGAAUGGGAUCUGGGCAAAGACGAAAAAGUUAAGGAUAAAGACAAAGAUAGGUUACAUAAAGAGGACAGGGUUCUGGAAAAAAGGAGGCAUCAUACGCCAGAAAGGAGUCCUGAACCAGCAAAGAAAUUCAAGAAGAAAGAGGAGGCGCCCGCAAAACUUUUGGAUGAUCUAUUCAGAAAGACAAAAACCACUCCAUGCAUUUACUGGUUGCCUCUGUCAGCUGAAACGAUUGCCAUAAAGGAGGAGCAAAGACGUCAGCAUAUGGCUGAGCACGAAAGGCGACUGCAGGAACUGCGCCGCGGCUCACACCGCAGACAUUAUCUGCAUCCCAGACUCCUAUUCCGCGGUCCAUGGUUUGUUUGGGCCGUGCUGGUAGCAUUCGCAGCCGCACAAAGCCCAUUUACUCUGGAAGAAUUUGUUAGAGGCCAGUUUGCGCAAAGGGCAUUUAAUGGAACAUGGAUUUCAGACACGGAAUUUACCUACACAAUUUCUGGAGAACCUGGUAUUUACGUAUUUGAUGUCUCGACUCUUACCCGAAGUGUCUUAGUGUCAGGCGAAUUGCUGGCUUUCCUGAACACAAGUAAUCCUAUCCUAUCAGCAGACAGACAAUAUAUUUUAGCUCCUAGUGAAGUUCAAUCUGUUUACAGAUAUUCAACUACAGCUCGUUUCGCGCUUUACGAAAUAGCUACUGGGAACGUGACAUAUAUAGCAAACCACCAGCGUCUUCAGCUAUGUAUUUUCGGCGGCGGUCACUCUUUAGCCUAUGUACUGGAUAACAAUGUCUACUAUCUCCCCGAGGACUCCGCACAAGCUAUACAGAUCACCAAUGACGGAAUACCGGGAGUUAUUUACAAUGGCCACACUGAUUGGGUCUACGAAGAGGAUGUGAUGUACACUGGUCAAGCGACGUGGUUCUCUACUGACGGCUCAUACUUGGCUUUUGCCAGCUUCAACGACACUGAGGUUGAAGCGUAUUCAUAUUAUUACUUUGUGGAUAAGACUGACCCUGAUGAUCUUUAUCCAGAACUCUUUGAUCUGAAGUAUCCUAAGGUGGGUCGUACCAAUCCUACUGUUAACUUGCGUCUAGUAAAUUUGACGGAUCUCGUAAUAACAAACCAAGUACGCUGGGAAACUCUGGCUCCACCGACAGCGGUCACUGAAGACCACAUCCUGGGUGGUGUGGUGUGGCCCACUGCCAACGAGGUUGCCGCGCACUGGCUUAACAGACGACAGAAUUAUACUGUGCUCAGAAUUUGCAACGUUAAUACUGGUUUUUGUGAGGAAGAACACCGUCAACAACCGAAUGGUUGGGUUCCUAUUGCGUUGCCCCGUUUUAGUAGAAAUGGCGAUUUCUUCGUCUCAACUCGAUGGUCCCUCGAGCAGGCGGAUGGUAAAAUAUGGCAGCACCUCUACGUGAGCAUCCGUGUAAAUGGACAGAUUAUAUCCAGCUCCAUCACACCUGGUGGUUUUACUGUCAAUAAUUACGUUGGAAUGGAUGAGGAUAACCUAUCUUAUUACUACACCAGAACGGUUGCCGGGGCGCCAUGGCAAUCGCAAGUGCACGUGUCGGGGGCACGCGCUGAGUGCCUCAGCUGCAAUAUCCAGUUGCCAGACGGCGGCCGCUGCACCUGGGCCACGGCUACAGCCAGCCGCGCUGGCUCCUACCUUACCAUCACCUGCUCCUCUACCAAUGAACCUUCCGCGACAUACCUCGUUGAUCCUUUGAAUAAUCGAGUGCUAUUUACUUGGGAAGACAAUGCUAUUGUCCGCGAGCGUCUGAGGGAAAAGAUCCGACCGAACAGUAUGAUCUUCACAGUGCCUUUGCAAAAUGGAUACCCAGCUCCGGUUCGCCUUUGGUUACCUCCCGGUUUAAACGUCAAUGAUACCAACACUAAAUAUCCCAUGGUAUAUUACGUUUACUCAGGUCCCAACACAAACACAGUUUUUGAUACUUUCACCGUUGGUUACUUUUCAUAUCUGACAACGAGCCGCAACACAAUAUACAUGUUAGCGGACGGUCGCGGCUCAGGCCUCAACGGGCAGGACAUAUUGUACUCCCUCAACAAUGCCCUGGGAACUGUCGAAGUUGAAGACCAUUUUGUCAUUUUGAGACAAGUGCUCGACCGGUAUGAGUUCAUUGACCGCGAGCGCGUGGGCAUCUGGGGCCACAGUUACGGCGGGUACGCCACGCUCCUCACUCUGGUCCAUGAUGAUGACCAUCUCUUCCAAUGUGGAGUCUCCACAGCUCCAGUCACAUCAUGGCUUUAUUACAACACGAUGUACACGGAACGGUACAUGGGACUGCCGACUCCUGAGGACAAUCUGUCAGGAUACGAGGCCGGUGACGUCACUCUGCUGGCAGAGAAGCUGCGCGGCCACGACUUCUACUUGAUGCACGGCAAUGCUGAUGACAAUGUGCACUACCAGAACGCGGCCAAGCUGAUGCGGGCGCUGCAGGAACGCAAUAUACCCUUCCAGCAAAUGUCUUACCCGGACGAAGCGCACAGUUUGGCCGGAGUGAACAUGCAUAGAUACGGAACUAUGAAUCGUUAUUGGGAGAAGUGCAUACGUAUGCCGCAAGAACAAAACUAACUUACAACUUUACUAGCCGUUGGAUCCUGAAAUCAAAAUUUUGAAACGUUACAGAUGAUUUUUUUUUAUCGUAAUUAAUUUUGGUCUCAGAAACCGACGGUAAGUU